AUGAGUACUCAUAGUGAUGAAGAUGAAGAUCUUUCUCAAGAUGAUGAAGAUCAUAAAAUAGAUCAACAAGUUGAAGAAGAUUUAGAUGCUCAACAACAAAAUGCUUUUGUUACUGAUGAUGCAGAUGUUGAAUUAUCAAAUCAACAACAAACAGAAGAAUUUGAAGAUAUCGAACCUAUUGAAGCUCAACCACCAAAUGAAAUCGAUGUUGAUGAACAAGAAAGACAACAAUCUGGUACACCUGCUUUUCGUACACUUGAAGAAUUAUUUAAAGAUGGAGUUCUUACUGGUACACAAAUGGCAUUACUUAAAUCAAAAUAUAUCGAUUUACAAAAUGCUUUAACACAAUCACGUCAAGCUGAAGCUCGAUUACGACAAGAAGAACAUACAUAUUUAGCUCAAAUUGAAAAACAAAAACGUAUAUUAGAAGAAGGUGAAUCAUUUCCAGAUAAAAUUACAACUGAAGUUCAACAACGACGAAAAGAUUUACUUAAAUAUAGUAAUGAUUUAGCAUGUACAAAUGAACGUUUAUUUGAUCUUGAAUAUAAAAUAAAAGCUUUGGAAGAAGAUAAACGUGCUUUAGAAAAAGAAAAAGCACGAAUACCAAAUCAACAUGAUAUUGAUGAAAAAAUUAAAAAUUUACGUAAAGACUGUGAUGAAUUAAAACGACAAAUUGGACAAAAAAAAUCUGAAAUUAAUGAUCAAAAUAUUUUAUUAGCAGAUAAAAAAAAAAAAUUUACUAUUACAACAAAACAACAUGAUGAACUUAAACAUACAAUUGAUACAUUUGAAUCCGAAUAUAUUCAAAUAACAUUACGACCAGCUGAAUUAAUUAAACAAACAGAUAGUUUGUCUCUUCAACGAGAUCAAACUGAACAAGAAAUUGAAGAAAUGGAUGCACAAUUAAAAGAACAAAUGAAUUCUCUUCAACAACUUCGAGAUGAAACUGAAAAAAUGAAAACUUUAUCAUCAAAAGAAAUAAGAUUAAAUGAUCAACAAAUUCAACAAAAUGAUAAAUUAAAUGAAGAAAUAAAAAAUGUUUUAAAUUUAAUUGCAUUUGAAGAAGCUAAAUUAGCUAAAGAACAAAUAGACGAACGUCAAUCUACUGAAGCUGUAAAAAGUACAAUACAAAUGGGUAAACAAAUUCGUGAACAACAUGCAAAAAUACAAAAACAAAAAGAAAGAUUAUUAAGAGAUUUAAAACGUGCUGAAACUCAAUAUCGUCAUGUUAAAGAUGAAUUAUCAAGUGCGAAUAUGACAAUAGAAAAAUUACAACUAAAACGAGCAACAAUGCCAACUGAUGAUACUGAUCUUGAAGUUCGAAAAGAUAAUUUAAAAGAUGAUAUCGAUAAUCUAACAAAAUCACAUGAAAAACAGGAAAAAGAAAUUAUUGUAAAACAAAGUAUGUUAAUAACAGCUCAAAAAGAACAUGAAGAAGUUUUAUUAAAACAAAGUGAUUAUCGUCGUGAUGCUGUAUCAAUGGCACAUUUUGCAUCUGUUGUAUCAAAUGAACGUGAACAAAAAUGUCGUGAAAAAAUGAAAGCUAAAAAUCGUUUACAAGCUGUACAAGAAGAUUUACAACGUAAAACAGGUGAAAUUCAUGAACAUGACAAACGUAUUGUCGAUUUAGAAGUUAAAUUAAAAGAAUUUGCUGCUAUGUAUGAUAUUAUUAAAAAUGAACGUAAUAAAUGUGUUAAUUCAAUACAAAUAAAUAGUCAAAAAGCAAAUGAAAUGAAAGAAAAAUUAAAAUUACUUCAAAAUGAAAUUGAAAUUUUACGUACUAAAUUAAAUAUAUUAGAAAAAGAUUUACAAAAAAAAAAUUUACUUGUAUUAGCAUCUGUUGUUGAACGUGAUAGAGAAAAACAUAAAGUUGAAAAACAACGUACUUAUUUACGUGAACUUAAUAUACAAGAUCAACAACAAACAUUAGAAAAUCGAAAUUAUAAUAAUUUAAUUGCAUUUGCUGAAAAAGAAUUAGUUCGAUUAAGAAAAGAUUAUGAUACAGCUGUUUUAGAUAGAAAUGAACGAAGUGUACAACUUGUUGAAAGAUAUAAUGAAGAAGUUGUUUUUCAAGAAAAAGUUAAUGUUCAAGAUGCUAAAUUAAAAAAUGCUUAUAUUGAAUUAAGAAGUCGAGAUGAUGAAAUUCGAUUAUUAGAAUUACAAAUUCAAGAAGAAAAACGAGAAAUUGCUUUAUUUAAAAAGAAAUUACCUGUAAAACGAUCAUUAGAUCAAGAACUUGAAUUAUAUCGAAUAUGUCUUGAAUCAUGUCAAGAUCGUUUAAUUGAACUUGAAAAAAUUCUUGAAAAUCCAAAUGAUCCAGCACGUGUACGUUUUCUUGAUGGUGCUGAUGAUUCACCUGAAGUAAUCAUGGAAAAACUUGAACAACUUGAACAACGUUUAGCAACAAAAGAAGAACAAUCACUUGAAAAAGAUCUUAUUCUUGAACAAGUUAAUCGUUUAAUUGAACGUUUAUCAACAAAAGUUGAUGCUGGAAAAGAUGAUACAUUAGCAUUAGCAAAAAAAGUUAAUGAUUUACAAAAUAAAAUUAAAGAUAUAACACGUAAAAUGAUGGCUACAUUAUCAGAAUUAACUAUUUAUCAAUCAGAUUCAUUAAAACUUCAACAAGAAAAAAAUAUGAAAGAUGUUGAAUUACAACAAUCUUAUGCACGAAUGGAACAAGGAGAACCUCCGAGUGAUGAACUUGAACGUGAAUGGCAACGUGCAAAUGAACUUGAACAAAAACGUAAAACUGAACGAAGAAUUCGAGAAGAAAAAGAACGUGAAACUGAACACUUCUUACUACCAGGCGGCGUAAUUACACAAGCUGAACCACGUCCACAAGCUUAUGCUCCAAAUGAUGAUGCAGAUAUUCAAGUAGCAAGACCGUAUGGUUCACAUGCACCAUUUAAACCCAGUGAGCCCGGUGCUAAUAUGCGUCAUAUUCGAAAACCGAAUCCAAAACCAAUUGAAAUUUAA